UGUCAAACCAACGUCAACCCAAGAAACCACUGUUUUGCCACGGCAUUGCCAACUGCUUUAUCUGACCACCACGUCGCUCGAUCGCGCUGGAAAUACCUCUAUGCGACUUUGCAUGAGCUGGCCUAUUGAUUGAUACCCUUUUUAGGGCCUGUUGCUUAUGACCGACCGGAUAUUUUCGCCCCAGAGUUAUGUCAAGGCUCGGGGGGAUGAUGCGCUCGACGCGUCCAAAGAAACUCACCUCCAAACAACCCAUCCCCAUAUUCCGUGAAGAUCAAGUAGAUCUUAUUGACGAUGACCUCCAAACUACUCUACAGGCCAUCGAUACCGGCGUUGAGAAGGCUGAGGAAACCGAAUACCAUCUCCAAGCGGCGAUAAAUGCUGCUGCUCGUGGGAACGUUGCGCAGGCUCAUAUCCCUACCCCCGAAACAGUAACAAGCUCCAUCAAAUAUGACACCUUGUACAAGCCCACCUUCUCGCAACCUGCGACGUACAUCCGUUUUUCAUCCACGGUGGAAGAUUGUAGCGGGUGUAGUUAUAAUUUAGUCGAAGAGGACGAUGUCGCUCUUAAGAUUAUGAACCAGAAGAAGGAUGCGUCGACACAAUGCACCGAGGAUCAAUUCGAAGAGGUCAUGGCCUUCUUCGAGGAGACUGCCCAGACCAAGCAGCCGUUUGCAUCGGUCGAUAGCCCUCCGGUACUCCCAUAUUCUGAAAUGGAAAAUUCCUUUGACGGGCUUGUAGAUGAGAAAAUAAGGAGGUUUGCCAAGGAUAUCUAUGAACACUGGAAGGCCAGGAGAACCAAAUCUGGAAAUCGCCCCUUACAGACAGGACUCAAAUUUGAGACCGGCCAAGAAACAGACGAUGGUGAUCCAUACGUUUGCUUCCGUAGAAGGGAGGUGCGACAAAUCCGCAAAACCCGUGGUAGGGAUGCCCAGAGUGCCGAGAAGCUUCGGCGACUUAGAAAGGAGUUAGAAGAAGCUCGAGAGUUAGUCGCCAUGGUACGACAACGCGAACUAGCAAGGAAAGAGUUGCUUAUCGCAGAGCGACAAAUAUUUGUCCAACGGGCUGAGGUAAAGGAGAUGAAAAGGAAACUUGGUAUCAAGGACGAUGAUGAUGACCUCGUCAACCAAAGGCAGCCUAAGAAACGGCCUGCAGAAACGCCAGCUGGCGGUCGUCCUGUCACCACACAGCUCCGCAUGCCCCCCCGACCUGGAGGGCACCCUGGAGAGGACCUGGUACUGCUGGAUGACGUUCAAGCAGAUAAAGAAAACGAAGUUUUACGUGAAAUCAAGCAAAACAUCGCCAAACAUGCUAAAUGGAAUGAGGGAUAUGUCGAUUGGACGACAGCACCACUUACUCCAACUUCAGACCAUAGCUUUGAUGCGGAGUUCCGUCCGGCAAUCACCACAGAAUAUCUUCCCACACCUCCAGCUUCGGAGUCCUCGGACCAUAGUCGAGAUGCGUUGGAAGAGGUGAACCGUUUCGAUGCACUGACCAAGUUCGCCAUGAAGGUGCGACAGUGUACACCUUCAGAAGAAGAGUCCAGUAGAAACAUGCCGUCCUUCCGGCGACGUGUAGGUCGUGGCGGGCGGAUGAUGAUCGAUCGUCGCAACCUUCCCUUCAGAAAUAAGUCAGAGGUUGAUCCGAUAAAACUCGAGCGAUUCAAGUAUGAUCAAGACGAUGAGGACAUGGAUCCGAUAUUUGAAAUGGAUCAAUUCGAUGUCCAAAUCAUGCAACACCGGGCGUAUCUUUCAGCCAAGUCGAGGGAUCAGGCCGCAGCACAAGCCCAGCUGCAAGCACAGCUGCAAGCUCAACGGCGCCUUCAGGGAGAAGCCGCUGUGAUGGCGGGUCCAAACAGCUCCUUGACCGGAGCGACCAACACAGUACUGAAAGGGCCGCCGUCGGCUCAAGCUCCGUCUUGAUGUAUCUCUUAUUCGCUCUAUUUCGUUUUCGUGAGUGCCUCUUAGCAUGGUCGGCGUUUGUGGUCUGGCCCGGUUUCUCAGGUUUUUCGUUUUGGUGCUUCUUCUCGUCACAAUAUCUUGAGAAGGGUUGGUCAGCUUUUUAGUGACAUCCUCACAUACACCUAUGUCACCAUUUAGGAGGGGUUUUGGACUCUUUUCAACACACCCUCAAUUCCAUCUUACAUCGACGCAGGCGAUAUAAAUUUGCCAUCACCUGCGGAAAAAUGGAGCACCCCGCUUUCACCUCUAUAUAUGUUAAUGUACAUAGUCCAAAAUGGUAUAUCGUGGGUAUACCGUGUACAAUACUGCUAAAGUUAGCUAAAAAUCCUUAAAAAAAAUGGGAAAUAUUGUAAAAAACGACUCAACAUCAUCGUUCUUUCGUCCCUUCCUCUUUAGAGAAUGUUUUAUUUUUUGCCUUUCUGGAUUCUAAGCUCCUUCAAUUGAUUUGUACCACAUUCGUUCAUAGCUUCCUUCGCUUCUCGUCCGAAGCUACGGAGAGUUCCGUACUCCGCUUCAUGCCUGAAUUGGCGUCAGGUAGUUUAAUGAAUUCUCCAAGAGCGGCAAGGAGUUGUGACAGUAUUUCUUUUUCUCCCAUUCGGACUUGCAGUGCCAUCUUAAAGCGCCUUCCGGACACAGUGGAUGCCUGGACGUUGGAAAUUGUAGCUAAAAGCUGCUUGUCCUGCUCGAGCGUUGUGAUGUAUCCGCCCAGUGCCUGUUGUACCGCGUGUCCAAGUAAAGUAGCUUGCGUCACUCCUAGUGUAGGGUUCGGAGCCUUAUUCUUCGUUUUGCGCUCGCUGAAUUGUUCGGGCGGCAUUGUUAGGGUAUUGAGAGCGAUCAAUAGCUCCUCGGGGAGCGCUUCCAUUAAGGGUGUAUUGGGGUUGAGUCGUGGGAUGCCGUAGCCGUCAUCAAACACUCCCAAAUUUUCUAAGAAUUCUAGCUGUAGGAAAAUUAGUCAUAUUUUAAGCAGGUAAGCUCGGUGAAGUGAGGACAUACGCGGGGCUGCUCUGGGUCGGGGGUUGCAGGUUGGAUCCCAGCUGCUUUACAAAUGGCUUGCAUGGAAAUUUCAGCUUCAUCGUACUGGGCAUAGUUGUCAGUAACGUAACCAUAACGUCUUAGCAGGUCUGCACGAGGUAGUUCGCCGUAGUCGUUGAAAAUUUCCUCCCCGUUUCGUAUGGGUUUUAUUGAUUUCAUUGCAAGAUAACCAUCUUCCUGGAACAGUCGUGCCUUUACGCAUAGUCAGCAUGUGAAUGUAUAUGAUGCUGCGAUAAGUGGAAGUACUCACGUUAUUUCGAUCUGCAUCCGCAUUCAAGAGAUCCGCCAAAGGCACCAUUCCUUUGGUCAGCUCCUCCCCCUCGUCUGUUAUGUAACCAUCUUGGACCUCCCCCUCUUCGUCCUCUCCCUUUUCAAUAUCAAAAGCAUAAGCCAUAAUCAAUGAGCCCAUUCGAUGAGCAAGAGAGAGUAGUGUCGCCCUGCCAUCUGGCGAGUCAUACGAUCCCAGACCGCUAAUGGGUGGGAAAAGGUGAGGAUUCGUUGAAACAAUAGGAAAAAUAUCCCGAAGGAUAGCCGCUUCUGCAUCAGAUUUACCGAUUUUGUUUAAUACGGCGCUUCCGCUUAGUUCCCGG